UGAGUCAGCGGGCGACAGUCAUGGGGCGAAAAGAUGUUCUCUUCCUCUUCGCAGGACUGCUCCUCAUCCUUGCAGGCGUGGGUGCUCAGCGAUGUGAUGUGAUCAGUAUCGUCGAGAAGUCCAGUAACAGUUAUGCCGCAAAAUUCACAUCCCAGACCGAGUUUCCCUUCGUCGGCGUCAACGUCGUGUUCACCUUUGACCAUCCCGUGACCUCCGUGAUCAACCACAAUGGCAAGUCCGAGAUGAUGGACGACACGCACGUCAGGAUGACUGACGAGUACCUCUUCGUGGAGACUGGCGUCUUCGUGCACUUUAGCUUUGAGGUGUUCCACUCCGGCGACACUCAGCCAGAAGUUAUUGCCGUGGACCUGAACGGCCAGGACGCCUGUGAAGGUUCCCUUACAUGGACAACGGACGCCCCCUUCAUCAAUUCAUGUGAAGAAACCGGAAUGGCUCCAUAUGAUUAUGCUCAGGCGCUGUGUAUGUCCUUCCUGUUCUACGAGGCGCAGCGCUCAGGAGUCCUACCUCCCGAUCAGCGCGUCAAGCCCUGGAGGUGGGACUCCGCCCUCAAAGACGGUGCCAACGUGGGCCACGAUCUGACUGGAGGCUAUUAUGAUGCCGGUGACCACGUCAAGUUUGGCUUCCCGAUGGCGUCGACCACGACCGUGCUAGCGUGGGGACUCAUCGAUUUUAAAAUCGGUUAUGAACAGACAGGUCAGACGGAGUACGCCAGAGCGGCGGUGAAGUGGGCCACGGACUACUUCCUCAAGGCACAUACUGCUGAGUAUGAGCUUUACGGACAGGUCGGUAAAGGAUUGGUAGACCACGCUUUCUGGUGUCGCCCCGAGGACAUGCUGAUGGAGAGGCCUGCGUAUAAAAUCGACCGAGAACAUCCUGGCACGGAGCUUGCUUGCGAGACAGCCGCCGCCCUCGCCGCAGCUUCCAUUGUAUUCAAGGGUGUGGAUGACAAGUACUCCGAGGAGCUCCUCGAAGUGGCCAGGGAACUAUAUGCAUUUGGCGACGAGUACCGCCUCGAGUAUCACCUUUCCAUCACUGACGUCACGGAUUUCUACAGGUCAAAGAGUGGGUACGGAGACGAGUUGCUCUGGGGAGCACUUUGGCUGUAUCGUGCUACACGGGAAGAAGUGUACCUCAGGAAGGCUCAGGAGGUAUGGGAUAACUUCGGAUUCGGAAAAAAAAUCGGAGCGUUUGAUUGGGACGACAAGAGGGGUGGCGCUUACGCCCUCGGCUCAGUGAUGGACGUCGGCAACCCUCAGUACACCACUGCUCUGAAGGAAUUCUUGCGCCACGUAAAAGAAGACUUCCCAUACACCCCCGGCGGUCUGGUCUACAUUGACAUGUGGGGAUCCAACCGGCACGCUGCCAACGCUGCUUUCGUUGCCCUCUGGGCGGCCAAAUACGGUGAUCCCGCCGAACGGGAGAGUCACGUGGUGUGGGCUGCCAGCCAGAUCGACUUCAUCCUCGGGAGCUCCGGUCACUCCUUCGUGGUGGGCUUCGGUGUUGAUCCUCCGAUACGUGCGCACCAUCGUUCCAGCUCGUGUCCCAAUCCCCCCGACUCGUGUGCCCAAAACAACUGGGGAUACGAACAACCAGGACCCAACCCCCACGUCCUGCACGGCGCCAUUGUGGGCGGCCCCGCGGAGGACGGCACCUGGGAAGACGACCGUAGCGACUACGUGCAUAACGAGGUGGCGUGUGACUACAACGCAGCCUACACGGGGGCGCUGGCGGCUAUCAUUGAGAUGAGGAACUAGGGCUUAACACAUUACUACAUUAUUCUCUCUCUCUCUCUCUCUCUCUCUCUCUCUCUCUCUCUCUCUCUCUCUCUCUCUCUCUCUCUCUCUCUCUCUCUCUCUCUCUCUCUUAUUUCAUGUAAGCAAUUUCCGGUUUUCAGAGUAAAAUUUUUCUAUAUAACCAGAAUGAUGUUCACUCCUAGUUGGUGGCUUUUGUUAUUAAUCCUUUACAUCUUUCUUGCAUACGUUCCAGGUCCGUGUGUGGAAGCUUGCAUUUUUUGUUUUUUGUUUUGUUUUUAGUGUGGAAUAACAUUCUUUUUCGUGUGGAAUGAAAUUUUUUUUUCCAAAGAAAGCAAUAAUACACACACACACACACACACACACACACACACACACACACACACACACACACACACACACACACACACACUCACACAAACAGUUGAAAUACCUGGAAGGUGGCUUAUAUAACAACUCGUGUCCCAUCCCUCCCGACCCGUGCUUCUUUAACAGCUGGGGACAGACUCAACCCACGCUCCCGCUACGGCGCCCUGGUGGAAGGUCCCGCUGAGGUAGGAUAAUGAUGCUAACAAAAAAGUACAAGACACAGAAAACACUUACAAAAUUACGUAAGAUGGAAUGUCGUUUCAAUUAUAAAUAUCUUUACUACCAGAUUGGAGAUGCAUAUAAUAUGUCAAAUACGUUCAAAAUAAAGGAAGCGCUGUGUGUGUGUGUGUGUGUGUGUGUCCGUCACCAGUCCUGCCGUGCGUCAUCUCCAAUCAACAAAAAAUAACAUAAGAGCACACAGUAAACCAAUAUCAGUGUUUCACUGUAUCAUGGCCUCUUGAAAAAUUACAAUAUAGUAACAUAGAAUUUGGAAGAAGAAGAAGAAGAAGAAGAAGAAGAAGAAGAAGAAGAAGAAGAAGAAGAAGAAGAAGAAGAAGAAGAAGAAGAAGAAGAAGAAGAAGAAGAAGAAGAAGAAGAAGAAGAAGAAGAAGAAGAAGAAGAAGAAGAAGAAGAAGAAGAAGAAGAAGAAGAAGAAGAAGAAGAAGAAGAAGAAGAAGAAGAAGAAGAAGAAGAAGAAGAAGAAGAAGGAGAGAGAGAGAGAGAGAGAGAGAGAGAGAGAGAGAGAGAGAGAGAGAGAGAGAGAGAGAAAUAGUCGGAGGGCCUAAGUGUGUAAAAAAUAUUUUGUUCUUCAUAAUGAUACAAUUUACUACAUAUGAGUUAAAGCAAAAAUGCUCCAAAUAAUUUCCAGGCUCCGUGUAUAAAGAAAGUUAUUUCUUUCAAUGUUUUGAUUUUAAGGGAUAAAGUAUCGACUACACAAGGAAUAAUCUGCGAAUAACACACGUACUCGGAAACUAAGCAACAAAUACAACCUUGGAAUGUGAAAAAGACUGCAGCUGUCAUGAUAAACAAUUGUUCCCGUAUCUCUUAC